GGAAAAGGACUAGGCUGCGGGUUCAGGCGGAUGGAUCUCACACACUCGUCUCACUCUCUCAGUAUCUCAUCCGCAGUAGAACGAGAAGGUUGGAGCUAGUGCAUCCUCUCUCUCUUUCGCCAUGAGCUCGCUGGUAAACAAUCUGAUAGUUCCCGGCCAUGAUAAGGACGGGAGCAACACGAAUGGGGCUGUUAUCCAAGUGGCGACCAGAGAUGGAGAAAAUGGGAACAGGAAGAACCUUGUUGGCUGCAGGAUGAAGUGGGCAGCGGAUUCGAGCGGCAGGGAGCGUGGUGUUCUCCGGCCUCUCGCGUCUGGAGGAGGCAGCAUGUGCUUGGAACUGACGGUGACUGGUGAAGAAACCCCGUACUCGUUUGAGGUGAUAGAGGAGAGCGCCCGAUAUCUGCUGGCCAAGACCCGACACAGGCCCAAGAUUGGUGUGAUCUGCGGCUCUGGCUUAGGAGGUUUGGCAGAGCAACUUCAAGACAGCGACGAGUUUCCCUAUGAGACAAUCCCAAACUUCCCGGUCUCUACUGUGGUGGGUCACGCCGGGAGGAUGGUCAUUGGUCUCCUCAGCGGCGUCCCUGUUCUCUGUAUGCAAGGAAGGUUCCAUUCAUACGAAGGCUACCCGCUGUGGAAGUGUGCAAUGCCAGUUCGUGUGAUGAAGGUCAUGGGGGUGGAGCAGCUGGUGGUGACAAACGCAGCUGGUGGACUCAACCCUUCAUACAAAGUGGGGGACAUCAUGAUCAUUAAGGACCAUAUCAAUAUGCAGGGAUUUGCUGGUGACUCCCCUCUUCGUGGCAAAAAUGAUGAACGCUUUGGGCCCCGCUUCCCUGCCAUGAACAAUGCCUAUGACCGCACCCUGAGGCGUCGCGCUGGGGAGAUCGCCCUGGACAUGGGGCUGGCAGAUGUGGUGAAAGAGGGCGUCUACGUGAUGCUGGGAGGGCCAACGUAUGAGACUGUGGCAGAGCUGAAUCUACUGAGGAUCCUUGGGGUGGAUGCUGUGGGGAUGAGCACAGUGCCUGAGGUGGUGGUGGCACGACACUGUGGCAUCAGAGUGUUUGCCUUCUCCCUCAUCACCAACAAGUGUAUUAUUGAGUAUGACACUGAAGCAAAGGCCAACCAUGAAGAGGUCAUUGAAGCUGCCAACAGGAGGAAGAAGGACCUGCAGAACCUUGCCCGUCGAGUCAUUGAGGUGAUGGCAGAGGAGGGGCAUAAUGAAGCCACUGCUGCCUCUGCCUCUGAUGCCACUAAGACUGAUGCUGCUGCUGCUAGUGUUUAAAUAGGCAAGACCUCCAGGCUCUUCCUUAUGGUUUAGUUUGAGGAGGGGGAGGAGGAGGAGGUUAUCAAUUUCUUUUAUUCUCUUUUCUCUCUCUCUGUUACAGAUCUAGAAGAACACUGACAGCAUUAAAGAGCAUUGAAUCUUAAAUAUUCUUUCAUGCAAUGCUCUGUAUCUCUUCUGUCUCUGUCUCUGUCUCUCUGUCUACCUCUUGUCUGUCAUUAUCUCUCUCUCUCUCUCUCUCUCUGGUAAGGGAAAUCAUGGUAUAAGUAUUAUAUUAAUAGGUUUUUACACACCUAUUAGUGGCACGUGGAACACUGAGGUAGAAACACAACAGUUGUUUGGUGAUCUUUUGUAACAGAAUCUUUGUAAAUUUGUACUGAUGGCUGUAUUGUAAUUUUCAAUUGAAUUUUCUCCAUCUGAUAAGUGCUGUAGAAUAGUAGUAGUAGUAGUAGUAGUACUAGUAGUAGUAGUAGUAGUUAUUUUAUGAUCUAAUAAGCUACCAUUCAUUCAGUACUUUAUAAAUAUUUUAUAUUCAGGAAAGUAGUUGGCAUAUAGUAGUAUUAAUAAUAUUUGUUGUCAUGUUAUAAUCUACCUAUAAACAACCUAUUAGAGUAUUAUAUUUUCAUUAGUAUUGUCACUAUGAUGCUGAUGGUCAGUUGUGUAGAUUCACCAGAUGUCUUGACUGUAUGAUGAUGAUGUCGUACUAGGUCAGCUUCUGUCUCCUUUGCUCCCAUCCACUUCUCCUAUCUUUGGCUAACACUUGAAAAGACUGUAGAUUAAAUUGUGAUAUGUUCUUAAGUGGAUGAUGAAGUAUUAGGUCAGAUCAUGUUCCCUCUCCUUCUGUUGAUUUCCACCUUUGGAUAACACUUGAAAAGACUGUAGGUUAAAUCGUAAUAUAGUCUUCCCUACCUUAGCUUCAAUGGAAAGUUUGACAAGAUGUGUACCUGGCUGUGGGCUGAAUGAUUAAUUUGUGGCCUUCCUUACCAGUUCCUCACUUAAUUAAUAGUUGAAAUACAUGCCACCUACUCUCAGCAAGAUUGUGCAUUUUGCCAGUAAAUUUGCCACCUGAUGUUUGGUACAGAUUAUUCAGUUAGUGAUGUGUAGUUUCUUGAUUAUUGAUGUAUAAUUGUUCCAUCCAAAAGGGACCAAAAUAUGAACGAAUGAAUGAAUGAAUGGUUUGUUCACUAAUGUUAAGCUCUGUUAUUUAACAUCCUGCAGCAGUGAUGUUCAUGUUACUGAUAAGGUAUUCACUGUUGCACCAAGCAAUCUGUAUGUUCAAAAUAAUGAAGAUUUUUUAUUAGCAUUUUCUUGUACAUAUGCCUGAUGGUCCUAGUACUUGUUUUAUUGAAGCGGAAAUUAGUUUGUUUGCUGGGAAUUGUUCCAUCAGUCUGUAGAGAGCAAUGUCACUGGCAGCAAGGGAGUGAUGGACAGGGACAGGUGGAGGCUCUUCUGUGGCAUCCUCCUUUUGGGGACACUCUGAAGCAGGGUGUCAAAGAGAGAGAAGAGAGAGUGACAUAUUGUCUUCUGCAGAGCUUUUUUAUAGAUGAAAAAAAAAGGUCUCAUUGAAAAGGAAUAUGGAUAAUAAAAUGAAGCAAGGUGUCAGAGAAAGAUAAAUAGAUUGACAGGAUCCUCAUUUGCAGAUCACUUUAAUAUGAUGACCAUUAGAUGAAAGAAGAGAGUCAAUGAAAAGGAGAAGUUAUGGGUAAUUCAAAGCUUAUCUCAUUAGGUUAAGCAAUCAUGUAACUACCUUAAGGCCACCAUUCUAUUUAUUAAGGUCAUACACUAAUUUACUUCAUUUAUUGUUAGUAAAUCCAACACCACUCUUGUUUAUAAUGAUGAAGAGAUCACGGCUGAAGGAUGCAUGAUACUACCUGACAAUCUUCUGUGUCCUUUAUUUAUCAUGUAUUGUGCAGCUCAAAUAAAAGGAAAAAUAAAAGGAUAACAUCACCAAGAACAUUAAGUACAUACACAAAACCAGCUCAGUGCAUUGACUUUGAAAAAUAACAGCAUUUGAUUGAAUAAUGUUGAUCACAAGCUUGGAUCCUUAAAACAAUGUCCUCUCUUUAGCACUCCUUACAGAAGCCACAGAAAUGAUUAGUCUGAUUUCAUUGAUGUCCUUCUCUCCCCUAAGCACAGUUCUUGUUAAACUAUCAUUAGAAUCAUGAAAACACCUUUGAGCCUAUUACAAAUGGGCAAGGUAAGAUGCUGAAACAUUUGAGGAUGCAUCCCACACUCACUGAUGCCAAGGUUUGUGAAGAGAACCUGCCAAGUGCUCCUCAGUGCUGGAAGUAAUGAUUGUACCUUACUGACUAUGAGUGUCUGAGUCUUGAGUACUGAUCAGAAUAAAUGUGAAUUAUAUUAGUCAACAUUAGAUUGCAUAAUAUAUAAACAGUGAUAUGCAUUCUCUCUCUCUCUCUCUCUCUCUCUCUCUCUCUCUCUCUCUCUCUCUCUCUCUCUCUCUCUCUCUCUCUCUCUCUCUGAUAGUCUUUUAAGCUUUAGAUCCUACAUAUACUGUGUAUAUUUCUUAUAGUUUUAUAUAUGUAUAAUCAAGAUGAUGUAUACAUUUUAGACCAUAGUGCAGUAUAUACCAAGUGCCUACACACACACACACACACACACACACACACACACAUUCAUACACACACAUUCAUACACACACACACACACACACACACACACA